AACCCCGAGAGGAAACAAACAAGCUGGUGCAACAGAACCGUUCAACAACAAACUGGUUCUGUGUCGGUGAACAGUGUUCCCCCGCACUGCUCGCCGGGUCCGUGGUCCCCCCGGUCCCCCCGGUCCCCCACCGGGUUCCCGGUCAUGAACCCGCCCCGGAUGAACCACUGGGUGGACCCGUCUUUCUCGGAUCUGCCAGAGAAGAGUUUCUCCCUGCCAGGAAGGAGGAGGAGGGGCGGCGUCCAGGCUCAGAGUCCCAGCCCUGAGGUGAAGAGGCUGAAGAAGAGAAGAGCAGCCGACAGCAGCUGUCUGCUGGGGCCGGUGCCCCCCAGAGACCAGGCAGAGCCCUGGGUGGAGCGCUACGCCCCGAGCUCCCGGGCCCAACUGGCCGUCCACAAGAAGAAGAUCGAGGAUGUGGAGAGCUGGAUGAGAGAGCACACAAGCCCAUCAAAGGGUGGCGUUUUGCUACUGACAGGACCCUCGGGCUGUGGAAAAACUGCCACAGUCCAGGUUCUGUCCACGGAGCUGGGGAUCAGAGUUCAGGAGUGGACCAACCCAUCACUCCCAGAUGCAUUCGUCAGCAGAAAAGAUGGAGGAUGGAGGCCGGACGACGGGGUCUGCAGCUCUCAGCUAGGACAGUUCCGGGAGUUUCUCCUAAGAGCCAACAAAUACAACUGCCUGAAGAUGGCAGGAGACGCACAAGCCACAGGCAAGAAGCUCAUCCUGGUGGAGGAGUUCCCAAACCAGUUCUACAGGCAGCCUGGCAGCCUGCACGACGUCCUCAGGAUCUUUGUGAAGACAAAUCGCUGUCCCCUGGUGUUCAUCGUGACGGACUCUGUGAGCGGCGACGGCAGCGUACGCUCUCUGUUCCCCAGAGACCUCCAGCAGGAGCUGGACAUCAGCUGCAUCAGCUUUAAUCCAGUGGCUCCAACAGCAAUGAUGAAGGUCCUGAGAAACAUUUCAAACCUCGAGGCAGGAAAGGGUUGUGUAAGGAUGCGUCUCCCAGACCAAGCCGAGCUGGACACACUGUGUUCGGGAAGCCCUGGGGAUAUCCGGAGUGUUAUCAACAAUCUGCAGUUCUUCUGUCUCCAAGACACGUCUUUGGAAAAAGAUUUGCUUGUCACGGAGGACAGACCAACACUGUCGGUGGGAAGAGCUGCUCCCAGAGCAAAGCAGAGGACGAGGAAGUCCAAGCAGACGAAGCAGCCGGAGGGGCAGCAGGCUGUGGGAGGAAAAGAUGCUACUCUGUUCCUGUUCAGAGCUCUGGGAAAGAUCUUGCAUUGCAAACGAGAGAGUCCAGCGGCCGGUCCUGGACCCGUCUUACCGUCUCACCUGCAGCAUCACCACAGAGACCUGCUGGCUGUUGACCCUGAGCUGAUUGUUGAGCGUUCACAUGUAAAGGGGGAGCUCUUCAACCUGUACCUCCACCAGAACUACGUUGACUUCUUCUCCGAGAUGGAGGAUUUGGACAGAGCCAGCGAGUAUCUGUCUGACGCCGACCUGCUCACAGCUGAUUGGACAAGUCGCAGUUUCAUGGGGGAGUACGGGAGCUCGGUGGCCGUCAGAGGACUGCUCCACUCCAACUCUCACCAAGUAUCUGUUGGCUUCAGGCCGCUGCACAAGCCCGGCUGGCUGCUGGCCGCCAAGAAGCACCAGGAAAACCGCCUCACCGCCCAGUUCCUGUUCCGGAGCUUCUGUGCCACAGCAGACGUGUUGAACACUCAGCUGCUGCCGUACCUGGCCAAGCUCAGCAGCCCCAUGAGGAACCCAGCCCAGAUCACUUUUAUCCAGGAAGUGGGUCAGAUAUCACUGAAGAAACAGUCCCGCAGGUUAAGUCUGGAGACGCUGACGGACAAGGACACGGCCCAUGUGGAGGAGGAGGAGGAUGAGAACCCGGCUGAGGGAGAACCUGAGGCUGCUCUAGCAGGCAGUCAGCCCCAGCCUGCAACCAACACAGCUCUGUCAGAGGACCUGCUCAUAGAGGAGUACGCCAGUGACUAGAGACAUUCAUAUACACCUGCAAUACACUGUCUGUAUAUAUUGUUUUUUGAUUGUAGAAAAUGUAUAUAUGAAACGUGUUUGUAUCAGUGACUAAGUAAAUAAAGAUAAAAGUUCCG